CUUCUUCUUCGAAGCACCUCCUUCCUCCUCUUUCGACACCAAAACCAACCUUCACGCCGCCGAGAGAAACCAACACAGAGAAAGAGAGAGAGAACGAGAUGGGGAAGGGUUCUAAGAGUUCAAGAAAGGGUAAAAAAGCAUGGAGAGCUAACAUAAGCACCGAGGACAUCGAAGACUUCUUCGAGAAAACCACCAAAGACGCUCUCUCCGGUGGAAACCUCUCCGCCGCUCCCAGCGAGGACCUCUUCCGCGUCGAGAAGUCUCACGACCUUCCGGUGAAGCGUAAGAUUGAGAAGAGCAGAGAGAAAGUGCUUCGGUGUGACAGUGUUUUAAAGAAGAACCCAUUUGUCCAGGUGGUUUCUUCUUCCAAGCCAAAGUCAAAGAUCAGUAAGAAGAAGAAGACAAACGCUGUAGAAAGCAAAACACCUAAACAAGCUCAAAAUAACGUUGAUGAUGAUUCUGUAAUGAUGGACUUGUGGGGCGAUGAUAAAAAAGGAGAACAUGAGAGCAACCCAAGAAAGAUUUGGAAAAUGACUUCAACUAUUCCAGCAGUAGAAGUUGAUCCUGCGGGAUGUUCAUACAACCCUACAGCUGAAAGUCACGAGGAUAUGUUGGCUGAAGCAGUUGCUCAAGAAAUGCAGAAAGUUUACAAAACUGAGCUAGGACCUGAGCCUGUGCCUUUGACUAUCGAUGGGAACAACAAUAUCGAAGACGAGGCGGGUCUUUUGAGUGUGUGCAAUAGAAUAAUCAACGGAAAGAGUGCCUACUUUCUUGGUGUGGACAAUGGUAGCGAAGGUGAAGAGGAAGCAGACGCUGCAAAUGAUGUGUCUGAAGCUGGGAACAAAACCGCAAGAACAACAAAGAGAGUGACACGUGUGGUGUUGAACAAGCGAGCUAGACAAAAGGCUCUACGUAAAGAGGAGACGAAGGAGAAGCAUAAAGAGAAGUUAUCAAAAGAGAUUGACAGCUUGCCGAAAAUUAUAAAAGAAAUAGCUGAAGAUGAUAAGGAGAAGCUGAAUAAAAAGAUAAGACAGACCAUUGCUAAGGAGGAAGUGCUUAAGAUACGUCCUCCUCGUUUGGGAAAGCACAAGUAUGAGGCUCCUCCUGUUCAGGUUCUCUUAACAGAAGAGAUGACCGGUUCACUUCGUAAGCUGAAGGCGUGUUGCACACUUGCAAGAGAUCGAUUCAAGAGCCUUGAGAAGAGAGGAAUACUUGUUCCAUCAAAGACCAUUAGAAGGAACUAGGAGUUCUUUCACUGUAACGGCUGGUUUUAAAAACAACUUUUUACUAUGGUAACAGCAGCGGAUACUAUAAUCAUAUAUGUUGUGUUUUGACAUUAAGUUUUAAUCUUUGGCAUUUUGCUUCAAUCUUUUUUAUAACAAAUCAGUAAUGAAAUAAUAUUCUACUUUGUUUGGUUUUA